AUGGGUGCAAAUACGUCGAAAGACGAAAUUUUUCUAAACGAAAUUGGCUGUGAUACAAUUGGUACAGUGCCAUGUAAUGCGUCUACGUCCCUCUUCUGUCUAGAGGGCGAAUGUGCUCUCUACGUUGCUGAUUUUGAAAAGAAGUGUGUGGAGGGAUGCAAAUGCAAUCCAGGACUCACUCUUAUCAGCAGUGGGAAUUGUGGGGACUGUAAUUGGAAUAUUUCUGCUAAUUCUACUCGUGAUUGUGAUCUUAUGCUGCUGGCGAAGGCUGAACCGGGAAUGGGAGCAACGGCACAAUCACCCCUCAGAAGGUGGAAGCAGUCGGACGACUGA